AUGACAGAUGCCAUGACAGACGCCAUGUUGGAUACCAUACUAAAUACUUCUGAGAUAAAAGACCCGGAUGCCCCUGAUGAUCCCCCUAAAGAUAAAUUAGAUGAAGUACUUAACAGCAAUAGUACCCCAAAUAAAAUUUCUGAGGAACAACCUUCAUGGGACCAUGAGUUUGGUACUCCCCAACCACUUUCAAAUGUACCGUACGAUGCUUCUACCCCCCCAGUAGGCGGCUCGCAACCCCCCAUACCCCCCCCAUACCGGACCCCUGUCAGAAACAUAAUGGCCGAUAUUUUAACUAAACCAUGCCUGUCAAUGAUAGAAGAAAUACCGACGGAUGAAUCUUUUUCGGAUUCCCCACCCCCUCGGGGGGACAACAUCGCCCGGGUCGUCGUAGGCCUUGACAAUAAUACCGGUAACGGCGAGGAGGGACCCGAUUCCUCCGCCGGUUCAAAUAAACUAUUUAUCCACGAAGAGGAUUCGCCAGAAGACCCCCCCAUGGAAAAAAUAAAUGAAAUUCCCAAUCCAACCGUUGUCUCUGUUGAUAUUGGCGAGGUAGGCGCCACUCUAUGUCCGGAUGCAGCCACCGCCAGCGGGUCACAGCCGCCACCCCCAGCUUCAACCAAGUCACCCAAGAAGAAGAAAAAGAUUCUUCCCCCCACACCAUAUCCCGAGGGCCAGAGGAAGAGGAGGGUGGUGGAGGAGGUGACCCGCACUUCAACAGAUGAAGAAGUCCGCACGCCCCCAACAGAUAUCAAUAUGUUAACGCCAGACCAUCCCGAAGCUAAUUCUCAGGCCACUCGGCGGUCUCCGACUCCUUCCGAAGUGGGUUCGGAGACGGCCGGGAGGCCUCUUACCAGUAAACUACCAUCUACGGACGAAUCCGAACCACCAAUCAAUAAAUUCUGUACGGCCCUACCCCAAGACCCUGCCCAACCGGUUGCGGAGGGAAUAUGGGGGGACGAGCCGUGCGAGUUCUUUGGCCCAGUAGCCAUCGUCUCCAGACCUAAACCUAUUCAAGAAUUCAUGGCAGUUAAAACUAAAAAUACUAAACGAAGUUUGCAGUUUGACAAG